UAUUUUAUUGAUAAUUUGAUAGUAUUCCUAGGUUAUUGGUUAGUAUUUUAGUUAAUUCAUUUUACGUUACUAACAUUUGAGACGUGAAUCAAAAAUAUUUCUGUAAUUAUUAUUUUUCAAUGGUCGGUAUUAGAAAGAAUAUUUCAAAUACUUACUCAAUGAUGUGUAUGUAAUUUUCUAAGAAUUUUAUUAAAGCGUAUGGCAGCUGUUUAGUUGCAUAGUGUAGUACUUAACAUAAAACAGUAUUGAAUUAUGACAAAACUAUUGCAAUUAUGGGAAUUGGGUCAGUCAAUGUUUUUAUGUAAACAACUUUGGAUAGGCGUAUUUGUUCUUUUUUGCUUUUUUAAUGUUAUAAGAAUGUUUUUUACUUUUUUACUUAACAUGAUUUAUUAGACAAUGGAUAAAGAGAACAACAAUUAGUGUAGAUACAAUCCAUGGAGGUUGAUUAUGCAAUUAUCGAUAUUAAAAAAAAAAUUCUGAAUCUCCUUCAUAUUUUAUGGUCUUAGGAUAAUCUAUAGUUCUAUAAAUGUCAUUUGGUUUGUCAGAAAUGUAUGAAAAUUGUGUUGUGGAAAUUUUUGCUAGCACCGCACUAUGAUAAGUUAUGCACAUUGCUCACCGAAAUAUUGAAUAGUAUUAAGCGUGUAAAUUAUUGCUGUAAUAUAUUAAUUCGUAGCAUACUCGUGUCUUUUCUUCCAUGGCCCUCCAGUUUAGUAUAUUGACGUCUUCAAGCCUAUUACAAUGUCGAUAUAUUUCGAUUUUGAUGUGAGUUCCUUAGGUGGGAGAUUUAGAAGGGCGGUGGAUGGAGAUCGAGCGAAUAUAGAAGCUAUAAUUGAUCGUACAUGCACUGUACCGUUGUUUGAAGAUGUUGACAUUGGUAGUCUCAUUGAAUUAUCGACAUUGUCGAUAUGCAUGAUAGAUGAGAAACACUCUGUGACGGGGUUCAUGGCUGUGUCCGAUCACCCUAACGUGCCGGGGCUGGACCCGGCAGACUGGGAAAUAUGGAUGCGGAAUAUGUUUCAAAAGUUCUACCUCGCUCGUAACACCGUGUUUAUUCACUUCAUGCAUUGUGUUGAUUCCUUGACGCAUGUCUUCCUAGACGAAGCAUUCAAAUCCAUCUUCAGAAAUGAUGUGUAUCUUCAGAAAAUCGUUAUGGUAGUGCCGCCCAAGUGUCCUGAUACUUGCAUCACAAGAUACUUGCCAAAAUCGUCUCAAGCUGUGAGUAAAUUUUUACUGAAGAGGAUGAACUCCAAUGAGAUUUACCUCCACGUAGCAUCGAGAGACGACUACUGCCCGCCACUAAAAAUACGACGUGCUGUAGAAGAAGAUAACGAUGAUGUGGUGAAGAUAUUGGGCGCGGAGUGUCCGCGUCUACAGGAGCUGUACGGAGACUACUAUAUCAGCGAGCUGAUCUCCCGACAUCCUGAGAUGAAGAGGAAAAUCAUUGUUGCCGGACAUCAAAGUGAAGUAGUUGGGGUGAUGUGUUUGAGCUCAGAGGUCAACUAUGAGACGCUUCAAGAUACAUACGAGUUGGCCACUUACAAUGGCCUACAAAAAGCUACGCCACACGAUAAGGAAAUUAUGAAACGAGAAAACGAGGUUUUGAAAGUCUUUGGGGAUCCCAUAAUGUGUGGCAGAUUAAGUCCGUUCAGCACUUUGGAAAAAGAAUUAGCGACGGAAAAGCGCACUCAAACAGGCGUAUAUGAUGGAAAACAGAAUUCUACCCAGAAGACAGAUCGAUUGAAAACCAAAGUCAUUUUCCAACAUGAUACCGACGAAGUGGAAAUUCGACAUCAUUCUAUGGACAAAGUUUGCGAUAAUAAUGACAAUAUUAAUAUAAUUCCCAGUCCCUCGUUUGUCGAUGUUAUAGGAGAUGAUUCUUUUGACUACGACAUUGUUAAUAUAAAAGAGAAUCUCUUAUCAGUACCAGAUGCUUUGAUGCAUGAGAUGAACUUUCAAGAAUUGAGAAAUAAAAAAAUCUCAAGUGAUGAGAGAGAUGGUGGAAAACAUGGGAAGAAGCCCCUAACACAUGGACCAUCUGAAUUGAAAAGGCUAAAGACACAACGAAAACAUUAUUCAGGCGGUCCUGACGCUUUCAUUAUAGAGUUAUUUGCUUUGAGGGAAGACAUAGACGCAAUACAUGCUUUUGAGUUACUUCAAGGCGCGUUUGAAAUAAUGCCAGACCUUGAUUAUUGCCUUAUUAGUCUUCCUUGUGAGACCAAAACUUUUCAAUUGCUGCGACAUUUCUGUUUUGUGCCCACGAAACCUGAUGUCAACUCCAAAUAUGCACUUUAUGUCGCCCACCGCAGUUCAGUUUUCAGCAAAUUACGAGUACGCAAAGCCGAGAUUAUUGACAUACCUCAAAUUGCCAGUUUCCUACAAAGCAUAGACUGUAGAGACAUUGUAUGGACGGUGGAGAACACUAUACUGAAAAACAAUGAUUUAAAAUGUUACGUGUUCAUGAGUGCUCUGAAUUUGGUCGGCAUUGGUCUUUUGGAACCAGCUGACGAACUAAACCUAGUAGAGACCACUUUCAACAUGUCACCGUAUCAUUUCCGCAAAUACCACCAAGCGGACCCAAUAGGAAGCUACGCUAUUAUCAAAUCAGUCUUCGUAUAUCCGGUUUUUGAGCCUCACUUCCGGUUCUUCGCUAGAGAUAUGAUGAGACUAUCGGGGAGUACAACACUCAUGUUUUUGACCGCUUAUAGGAAUAAAUGGAGCUUGAACAAAGCUAACACUCUGGUGGGCUCCAUGGUUCCCAUACUGCCUAGGAUAUCUGAGAUGCCCUCGUCACCAGCCCUGAGUAAUUGGAUGGAUAUGUCUCCGACAAUAAUGCCAUUUAGUGCGUGGAUGUUGAGUAAGAAGCUAACAAGCAUACCGCAAGUUAAUGUUAACACGAGAAUAGUGAUCGUUGGCGCCUCAAGAACUGCUAUAGCUUUUCUCAAUGCUCUUUUAUUCAGUGACACAUCCACCUAUCUACUCUUCACCAACAUAACCCUAGUGUCGACACAAGGUAUGCCAUACUGUCGACGUCACGAUAUCCGUGCCGAAACAAUGUUCAACAAGUACAAAACUAACUCCGAUAAGUAUAUGAAGAGCGUCCCUUACACUUAUUACGUGAACGUCGUGAAGGGACGGAUGGUAAAAAUUGACAAGCGCGAGAAAUAUAUUCAACUGGCUAACGGAAGUAGAUGUGACUACGAUCAACUAUUUCUCUUGUUUGGUAGACAGUACCAACAUCCGCACCAUUUGGACGAUAUCAUAAACACUGAAAAGAACUGCACUGAUGAUGGCAGAUACAAACGUAUGGACGUGCCUGAAUUUGAGGCACCCAUAGAACCCUACAAUCUGCCAAGGAAUCUUUUUCUAAUCAACACCUUGUUGGACGCCAACAAAGCCGUAUCUUUCGUCAAAUCUUUUGACCUCAAAUGUGACGACAAAAUCAUCGUGUACGGUUCGUCACUUAAUCCUUACUGCUGUAUCGCCACACUUCUGGAGUUGAAUGUUCCGGGGGAAAACAUCAUAUUCGUGGAGCCUUUUCCCGACGAAAACCCAAGAAAAACCCGAGUGCCUGUGUUUUGUAAUCUCUACGUGGAUAAAACUGUCCGAGAAUCCAUGGAAAAGUUGAAAAUACAAGUAUACAGAUCUUAUUACUUCAAAUCCUGGACCGUUGAUGUUGAUAAUUUUGUGUCUGAUGUUUCGUUCACUUCAGCUACUAAAAUAAUAACGUUGCCGUGUGUCGCGUUCUUUUAUUACGGACGGAAAGCUGUGAAUAAGGAGGCUUUUGUAGCACUAAAUAAAAGUGGUAUAGUAUAUGACGGUGGGAUCCAAAUAGACCAUCAGUUCAGGACCAAUGACUCGUCUAUAUACGCGGCAGGCUCAGUCACUAGGUACCACAGAAGUUACUUUGCUGAUCACAAGCGAUUGAAGUAUUUUGAUGCUUUCGAAAUAGGUACUAAGCUUGGCGAACAAAUUCGAAAUGACCUUGAUCCGCUGAUGCCCAUAAAACAAAGGAAUCGCAAAGAAAACGAAACAUUCUACCAGCCUCCUCAUCUCAAAUCGCCUUAUGUACUGCACUGCUCUCUCCCUGGACUCAGAUACUUAGAAGUUAGAUCUCCGGGAAAGAAGAUGCCGCAUCACUAUGUACAGUUGUUGGAUUAUAACGGUUUCGUACUAGAAACUUUCAAAGGCGGUUACUUCAAACUGCACCUGACCAAGGACUUCAGAGUCGACGCUAUAACUUGUCUGACGUCGGAGAACCGAUCUCUAAUAGACUUCAAACAUAUUUACGGCCUACCUUCAAGUGUACUGAACAACGUGUUUUUGAGGUUUAUGACAAAGAGGAUAGACAACUUAUAUGAAUUCUUCGAGUCGUCGUGGGCGAGCUUCCUUUAUCAUGAGCAGAGCCAAGAUUUGUUCGCAUCAGUCAAGGAAAUUUUGCCGAAGGGUCAGCUGCACGGUGAUACUUUGCAAGAUGUUCUGCUCAAACUGCUCGAGGGACAAACUUGUCCGACAUCGGACUCUCUUGCAACACUGCGCUCAAGAUUGGAAAGCUCCCUCUAUUUCGAAGCUAUCACAGACUAUGUAAUUGACUGGGUGACAGAGAAUGAAGCGGUUUUGCCCAUGUACCUAAAUCCCCAUGAUCAGUCGAAAUUGACACACGAUUUUAACGCGAAAGACGAAAUAAAAGAGCCCAUACCCGAUAAACUGACGUCACGUGAUAUGGUGGUGGAGAAGGAGUCAUAUAAAACGACAUCUGGCGAGUACUGCGUCAAACCCAACCCCAAUAAGGCUAUGGAGAGGGCGGAUUGCGCUAUCAACUGCAAACGCGUGGCUUUCAUGACUGGUGUAGAGAAGAGGUUACAAGAAAAGAACAUCAUCCCUAUAAGCACCCUGUCGGAAAUGAAGGACAGGUAUCGCGGGGCCAGCCCCUCAAAAUCUGAUGUGCUGAUCACGCCACCAGAUCCCGGGUAUAUUUGCAACGUAGUAGCAUCUGGAAGAAACGAGGCACCGUCUAUACCUGAAGACUGUGGGGGAUAUCGUAAGCAGAUGGACCCAUACCUGACUACAUAUAGGAACUACCAUCGACCUUUUACCACCAAUGAACAUUUUGGCAUUGCAGCUAAGGAUCACAUCACGUUUUACUCAGAAAUCAAUUUACCAAAGGUGCGUGGAUUUGGACCAAGAUACAAGGAGAUUUGGAUGCCUCUGACAGCUAAAGUACACCGCGCUGUCUACGACAGAAGCCACGUGCAGAAGGAAUUCAAAGAAGUCGCCGCUUCUCAUAAUCCAGUCAGUUAUAUAAAGAGUGCUUUCGAAUCAGAGACGAAGAGGAAAUAUAAAAUGCCUUUCGCAGUUUCCCCCCUCGCAUCAUGGAGUCCAAGUGAACAUUUCGACUCGCCUCCAUUUGCUCCUAACCCCUACCAGACUAACGCUGCACCAUUCAUGUACUGUAGUGACUAUUGUACGAUAGCCCAGGGCACUCCAACUUGCAUAGCCGUGGACCAACACAAGAGACUUUUUCCAUCUCAUAGACAUUGCAAGGAAAGAUAUAUCGUGUCAAAAGAUUAAAAAUUAUUGUUUUUGAUAAAUUUAAAGAAUGUCUACUUGGAAUUUUUAAUGGUUAAUAAAAUGUUCCCUUUCAUGCUAAAAUGUUAAAAUUUACUAAAAUACUUAUUUGAUAACUUCCAUCUAACUCUAGAUCUUA